GUUAGUAGCUGCUCAGAACUUCACCAGUGCUGUUCUAAGGUUCGCUUGCGCCCACCAAGUGUUUGUUUUCUUCUUCCCUGUUCGAGACCCUCCCCACCCCAACUAGUACCAACAGCAGUAGUUGCUGCCAGCGUUUUAUUAGGUGUUGCAAGUGUCGCAGCUUCUUUCUAAGCACUACCUCAGCAUUACUAGCACACACACACACACACCCUCCGUGCGCGUCUCCGGCCGUCCUUGGUGGCUCUUCAAGUGCGUGCGUGCGUGUGUUUGCUAGGCCAAGUUCAAACUAGCUCCAACUGCUGCCACCGGCACACCAAAGUCGCACCGCGAAGGAUCUUGCGGAGGAUCGGAAUGAGAGCGAUGACAACGGGCAAGGCCGCCGCCAGCGUGGAUCGGCUGCUGACAGUCGGCUACGUACUGGUCAGUGUCGGGGCCAUGAUCACCCUCGUCGGUGCCGGUUUGCCUACCGUUUUGCGUGCCUGUCCCCGCAACUCGACCGACCUGAACCAGUGCAUCAUCGAGGUGGUGAACGAGCUGCGACCGCGGCUAGCGACGGGCGACUUUGGCGAAAACUUUACCAUCACCUCGCUCGAGCCGAUCAAGAUCGACCGGCUGACGAUCGAGCGGGGCGAAAACUUUAAGGCAAACUUUACCAACUUCCGGAUCAGCGGUGCGACGCACGAGAAGACGGGCUUCAUCGUGAAGAAGCUAAAAACCGAUAUUGACAAUCGACAGAUUAAUGCCACCAUCCUGCUGCCGAAGCUGCAGGUCAACUCGAAGUACUCGCUGAAGAUGAGCAUUCUGGUGCUGCAGAUCAAUGGCGAUGGUGAUCUGCAGGUGAAUCUGACCGACACCAAGGUAAGCCUGAAGCUGACGUUCUACACGGAAACGGUCGACGGGGAGGAGUACUUCCGCUUCAAUCCGAUCAAUCUGCGCGUUAAGUUUGGCAAGGCACGGUUCUAUCUGAAGAAUCUGUUCAACGGCGAUCCGACGCUGGAGAUGAUCGGCAAUCAGGCGAUCAACGAAAAUCCGGACGUGCUGCUGGAUGAGGUGAAGGGCGGCAUUGAGGAGAAUUUGGCCAAACUGUUCACCAAGAUUGCGAGCGAGGUGGUCAAGGAUGCACUGUUCGAGGAGGUGUUCCCGUGGAGCUAAGGAGGCCCCUCCUCAGCGGCAAGUGUGAUAAAGGAAGUGGUGGAGUGUAAGGUGGUGAUAGACGCAAAAGAAAGGGGGGGAUCAAAUAUAUUGAGAAACAAAACCAAACACGUGAGCACUAAGCUGAUGUAUGUGAUGUGAUGUGUGUUUUCUGUUGGUUCCUUGUUGCCUUGCAAUCUUGUGCGGCAUUUGAGGUGAAGCGUUAGAUUUUGAGGAGAAGCAAACGAUGCAAUAAAUAUGGAGAAUCCUUUUUUUGUA